UACAACUGCACGAUUUUCGCUUAUGGUCAAACAGGUGCCGGUAAAACUUAUACGAUGUGUGGAAAAGUCAACUCAGAAUCCUUGACGCCUGAAAGUGGAGUGAUACCGAGAUGUUUAAAAAAGUUGUUUGACAGCGAACUAAACAAAGACGUAGUAUUGAAGUGUUCAUUUGUGGAAAUAUACAACGAAGUAUUGAAAGAUUUAUUAAGUGAUGGAACAAAUGACGGAAAACUAAAGAUAUAUGAAGAAAACAAGUUAAUAAAAAUCAAGUCUCUGGAAGAGUUUUAUAUAAGAGACUUCAAAGAGGCAAUGAGAAUGCUCAAAAUUGGUAUAGACAAAAGGAAAACGGCGUCCACCAAAAUGAACAAGCUUUCGAGCCGAUCACACUCUAUAUUCACAAUAUAUUUGAUGAAAAAAGUGCCAAAUGGUUCUGAGUAUAGAUUUGCCAAGAUGAAUUUGGUAGAUCUUGCAGGAUCUGAAAAUGUAAAUAGAGCUGGUUCAAUAAACCAACGUGCUAAAGAGGCAGGAUCAAUCAAUCAAAGCCUUUUAACCUUAGGAAGAGUCAUCAAUUGCUUGGUUGAUGAUUCUUCUUUUGUACCUUACAGAGAGUCUAAAUUAACACGUUUGCUACAGGAUUCAUUAGGCGGAAGGACAAAAACAGUUUUGAUUGCAAACAUUGCGCCAACCUUGGUUGAUUUGCAGUCGACAAUCUCUACUUUGGAAUAUGCCUCAAAGGCUAAAAACAUCAAGAAUACUGCACAGAUA